AUGGCACCAAACCCAGUUGAGAACCAAAAUCAAAACCAAACUCAGGAAACACUUGAUUCAACCAACCCUCUGUAUGUACACCCAUCUGAGAACACUGGUUUGUCAAUAAUUCCAGCGACAUUUGACGGUACUGGAUAUCGAUCAUGGAGACGUGGUGUACUUAGAGCACUCUCCGAAAAGAACAAAAUAGGCUUCAUUAAUGGGGAAAUCCAGAAACCAGAUGUUGAUUCUAGCACGUUUGCACAGUGGGAAAGGUGUGACGACAUGGUGACCUCUUGGAUCUUAAACUCACUCUCAAAGGACUUGAGUGAUAGUUUGCAAUAUGUGAACAAUGCUAAAGAGCUUUGGGAGGAACUCGAAGAUAGAUACGAUCAAGAAAAUGGUGCAAAGUUAUAUCCGCAUCAACAAGAGAUUAACGACCUAGAACAAGGAAGUAUGGAUAUCACUGGAUACUACACUAAGAUCAGAAAACUUUGGGAGGAACUCAACACUCUAGAUAGUAGUUCUCAGUGCACAUGUUUGUGUAAUUGUGGAGGAAAAAACAAAAAGCAUAAGGCUGAGCAAGACAGGAAAUUAAUCCAAUUUCUGAUGGGAUUAAACGAGGUUUACACAGUGGCAAGAGGUAGUAUAUUGAUGAUGACUCCACUUCCCACUAUAGCAUAG